GCAGAACGGCUGAGGAAGCUCUUAUCUGCCCUGCAGCUGCUGAUCUGAGGACCUGAGGAACCUGAGGACCUGAGGGAUCACCUGGACCUGAACCGGACCCAAACAGGGACCCUCUGGACCCCCCCGAGGGAAACAGGAACCAGAACCAGCCUCGGCUCCACCUGGACCCGGGAACAAACAGGACCGGGGGGUUUUUAGAUCGUGGAUGCUGAGGAUUUCCGGCAGGAUGGACUUCACCUACUCCUGGCUGCUGCUGACCCUGAUGCUGAUCCACCAGUACCAAGCCUCCCAGGUGAGCCCCACGGCGGAGGAGGAGGGCCCCACGGCGGAGCUGCGCCACACGGCCCACCGGCGGGAGAAGCGCUGCUCCUGCGAGAACCAGAAGGACAAGGAGUGUAUUUUCUUCUGCCACAUCGGCAUCGUCUGGGUCAACACCCCGAGCCACGUCGUGCCGUACGGGUUUGGAUCCGUGAGACUCAGGAGGGAUCUCCGCCGUUGCUUCUGCCGGGACUCGCAGGACGGCGAGUGUUUGAGCUUCUGCUCCAACCGCAUGCAGCCGCAAGGCGACGACACGGCUGUGAAGAACAAGCGGAGGAGCUACCGAGCUGCAUUGUGGGAAAAAAGGAGCAGGCACGCUCUCGUGAAGCAGACCUGAGGCGACGGCUAGCCACCAGCAACACCAGCUCUGGGGGACGAAGUCGUUAGUGUAUCAAUCAUAGCAAAUAUUGGACCUUUUUGAUGGCGCGGCGCCUGGCGGCGGCCCGCCCUUGUACAGUGUGUUUAUGUAAACGUGACGAUGAUGACGACGACUAGGGCAGGAGCGCUGCCCCGCUGACAAGCUAAUCAAUACUCGGCUGAUGUCUUUAUCUGAGGGAAACUGGAGCUCGAUUCUUGUACGAGUUGAAUCUGUGAUGUUUGUGUCGGUUCUCAGCAGCAGAAAAACCUCACAUCUGCAAAUCCACCACAGUUUCAGCACUUUUCGCAGUAAAAUAUCAACCAUCCAAAAGAAGCUGCAGCCUCUGCUAGCUGCGGCAGAACCCUCAGAUCCAAGUUCACAAACGUUUGGUCCAAACAAGGGAACAAUAACUCUCAUCAAACUUUUAUAAAUUUGACCUUCGGGUCGAUGCACACCAGGUCUUCUGAGCUGAUUCGAUAGUUUCAGUUGACUCGUAUAGAGGGAAUGCAUUGACGUCACUUCCCCACUGGACCACGCCCCCUUACUCUGGACCACGCCCCCUUUACUAGCACUGAGUGGCAAAACAUCAGCAAAGACAGCUACAACUAGUGGAAAAGACGGGAUAACAGCUGAUUAUGGGCUUAAAUUAAAGGCAGUUGGACUUCACAGUGACCCGUAUAGUUACCCCAAGAACCAGUGGUCCAUGGACAUUAAUAUUUGGUACAGUUACCCCAAGAACCAGUGGUCCAUGGACAUUAAUAUUUGUUACAGUUACCAAGAACCAGUGGUCCAUGGACAUUAAUAUUUGGUACAGUUACCAAGAACCAGUGGUCCAUGGACAUUAAUAUUUGGUACAGUUACCAAGAA